ACCUUUGAUAUAAUUUAAAAUAAGGUAAAAAGUAACUCCUAUCUAUCUUAUCUGUAAUGGGCUCAUGAACAUAAUCUGGAUACUCGCUAUCUUAAAAUAAAUGGGAAAAUUAGCAACGAUUUGUAGUGGACCACAUAUUAUAGGUCUGUGCUCUGUGCAGUACACACUUAGUACACGAUAGUAUACCUACACACAAACAUGGAACACGUUAUUGAAAUUAUUAAAAAUAAUAGUAAAAAACCUAAAAUUGCGCACAUCGGAUAUAUUUAUCAUUUUCAAAAAGAGUGUUCCAAUUUUAUACGUUGGCGAUGCUCUAAAUUUACCUCGUUAAAGUGUCCGAGUGUACUUAAAACGAGUUUAGAUAUUGAAAAACCAAUAUUUAUUAGUAUUGACCAUGAACAUGUUCAUACUUCUAGUAAAAAUGCAGUCGCUGCUUUAAAAUUACAAAACAAAAUGAACGAAAAAGCACAAAUAUCCUAUGCAACACCGAGUCAAAUAUUUGCCGAGUCUGUGAGUAAUGUACCACAUGAUAUAUUAGUUGAAUUGCCAAAAGAAGAACACGUAAAACGUACAAUUCGAAACCACAGAGGUUACAACGAUCCUUCAAAACCAACAUGUAGAAAAGAGUUAAUAAUUGAAGGUGAAUGGUGCUUAUACGGAGAAGAAAGAUUUUUAUUAGAUGACAAUGGUCCAGAUGCGAAUGAAAGAGUUUUAAUAUUUGCUACAGACACGGGUUUAUCUUUAUUAGCAAGUUCUAAUACAUGGUUCAUAGACGGAAAUUUUGGACUUGCACCUGAAUAUUUUAAGCAACUGUACGUAAUUCGAGUUCAAAAAAAUUCAUUUUUUAUUACAGCUGUUUACUGUAUUCUUGAACGUAAAACACAAUACACAUAUGAACAUUUAUUUCGUACUGUAAUGAACGAGUGUGAAAAACGAGGAAAAUACCCAGAUCCCGUUUUUUUAAAUAUGGAUUUUGAACUAGCCGUCAUGAAUGCAGCAAAACUGAUCUUAGGCAGCCACAUUACGAUUCGAGGAUGUUUUUACCACCUCUGUCAGUCAACGUAUAGAAAAUUACAAGAAUUAGGUUUGUCCGAACGCUAUAAAAAAGACGAAGCAUUCCGUAAGUUCUGUACUAUGGUUGAUAGUCUAGCUUUUCUUCCUUUAGAUGAUGUUAAAAAUGGCAUGGAGUGGUUAAAAAAAAAUAUACCAACUGGAGCAGAAGAUUUUAUAAUAUAUUUUGAUACAACCUAUGUUAAUGGAUCUUUUAAAAAAGUAGGUACAAACGAGUCCAAUAUUCGUCUUCGAAGAAUUCCUCCAGUAUUUCCACCUUGUACAUGGAAUGUACAUCAAACUACCUUAUCAAAUGAUGAUAGUAAUAGACACCGAACAAAUAAUGUCACAGAAGGAUGGAACAAUCGAUUUUCCCAUUUAAUUGGCAUUAAACAUCCUACAGUUUGGCAUUUAAUAAGAAAAAUGAAGUACGAAGUUGCAUCGGAUUACGCAAAAUUAGCAUUGGAUGACGUUGGAGAAAUCAAUAUGAAAACAACCAAACUUGGACAGAUGCGGACGACGGAAAUAAGAUUAAAAGAACUUUGUGCCAGGUUUGUAAGUGGAAAAAUAAAUGUUUCGGAUUUUUUAAAUUCGAUAAGCCAUAAUAUUAGAAAACAAUCUAAUAACUAACUUUGAUUAUUAUUAUCUUUAUUAUUAUUUUUUUAUUAUUAUUAUUUUUUAUUACUAUUUCGCUACAGAAUUUAUU